AUUCGGUGUGUUCCGUGUGCUUCCCUUCGAGAAAAGUUGGAAUCUCUUUGGCUCUUCAGUCUUGCCCUGGCUCUGGUCGGAAACGAAAACCAAAGAAGCACAAACCCCGAGUGAGUGGAAAGGUGUGAAAACGGAUCUAUAAGGAUCGUGUUCGUGUUCGUGUUCGUGUUCAAGGCGGCAAUAUGUGGGCGUUCAAAUAUGUUUUAUGUGCCCUGACAUGCGUUGCAUUUGCUGCAGCGGCACCUGAGGACUGUGAGGUGGCGCCAUUGGUGAGGCAUGCCACGGCAAAGAUAGCGUUGAAUGAUGACACCAUCACUGCCAUCUACAACUGCAAGGCGGGCUUCGAUCUGAGGGGAUCGGCAGAGCUCAUCUGUAACGCGGAGACAGACAAGUGGCAGGGAGAGCCUCCUACUUGUGUGAAGGCUUCAGCAGUGUCGGAGCGCAAGAAGAGGGUUCUGGCCAUACCGGAGGAGCCGAAAGUGCCCCUGCCUAUGGCUGCGAUACUGGACAUGAGCUGCAUCGAGGCAAAGGUCAUGGCCCCCGAGAUCAGCCACGGCCUCGUGGUCAAGUACGAGCGUCGCCGCAGGGGCGAGAAGAUCUUCCUCGUGGCCUACUUUGCCUGCAAUGAGAACUACGAGUUCGAGUCCCUGGAAAACUCAGCCAUGUACUGCCACGAGAAGCAGUGGGUGGGUGAGCUGCCCACUUGCAUUCCCCUGGUGGAGUACACCGAUGCGGAUCUCGAGGACGAGGACUACGAUGAGUACGAGACCAUCACUAAUGGCGAUGCCAACAACAACGAUAACGAAAACGACAAGGACAACGACACAGAAGACUUUGGUGAAGGGGAGGCAAAGGUGACUGAGAGCGAACCGCCACCGCCACCUCCGCCGCCAGUGGAAGAGGAAGUCGUGGAGUCCGUGGAGGAGCUAACACUCACAGCAGAUCCCGUCAAAGAACCACCUGUGGAGCUCCCAGUGGAAGCCGAGCCACAGCCAGAAGCGAUCGAUGAACCACAACCUGAGCCAGAAAUUGUGGUGCGAGUCGAUGAAGCGGAACCAGCUGAAACUCCCCUUGGUCCUGAAGUCAAGAUUGCAGAAGUAGCCGUAGCCGAAGUCAGUGCUGUGGUUGAACCCACCAAAGAUCCCUAUGCCCCUCGAUUCCUGGACGAGGACUGCGGCGAAGAUCGCGGAGGCUGCGAGCACAUAUGCAGCCGCCUCUUGUAUCCGGACGAGAAUGAACCCGUCCUCAAGUGCAGUUGCCGUGAAGGCUACACCCUAGAUCCCAGCGACUAUGUCAGCUGUCUUGAUAUCGAUGAGUGCCAGGAGUCGAAUGGCGGCUGUUCAGAGAUCUGCAACAAUCUGCCCGGAAGCUUCCAGUGCGCCUGCCAGCAGGGCUACCAAAUAGAUACCUCAACGGGAAAGACUUGCGUGGACAUUGACGAGUGCGCCAAAGCGGAAUUAUCUGCCGACUGUCAAAAUGGUUGCGAGAACUUGCCCGGAUCAUAUCGCUGUGUGGUGCCAUUGGUCACCCAGGAGGAGGCCGCCACUGCAGUGUCCGAGCCCACGGAGGAGGAUAACGAGAUCCCAGUGGAAGUGGAACCCAGCAGCCCCAAGGUGAAGUGCAACCCUGGGUUCCAGCUCUCGCCCGAUGGCAGCGAGUGCCAGGACAUUGACGAGUGCAAAAUCGAGAACGGCGAGGAAGAGCCUCACCUCUGCCAGCAAGAGUGUCACAACGCCAUCGGCUCCUAUCGCUGCGGCUGCCAUUCUGGCUACCAUCUUCUAGAGGAUCAGCAGAGCUGCGCCCUCGACGGUUGCGAGGACCUGGACAAUCCCAAACUGAAUCGCACUCGCUGUGCGCACGAGUGCGAGGACCUGCCCGAUGGCCAGUACAAGUGCAAGUGCCCACAGGGCUACGAUCUGGCCGAGGAUCGGCACAGUUGCGUGGUGGCCGAGUCGCCCUGCACCACGGAGCACGGCCACGACAGCUGCCGUCCGGGCAGCUGUGUGCCCAGCGAGGACAACAGCAGCUUCAGCUGCCUCUGUCCCCCUGGCUACACGAGCGAGGUCUUCAGUUGCCAGGACAUCGACGAGUGUGCGGAGGAAAGCCAUCUGUGCAGCCACAGCUGUUUCAACACGGACGGUGGCUACCAGUGCCUGUGUCCUGUGGGUCUGACCCUCGUCGAGGAGUUCACGUGCGUGGCCGAGGAUCUGUGCGAGGUCAACAACAAUGGUUGCGAGCAGAUCUGCCUCACGGCCCGAGGCGGGGCUUGCUCCUGUCGCGACGGCUUCCGCCUUGGCGCAGACGGCAAGAGCUGUCAGGACGUUGACGAGUGUCAGGUGGAGAACGGUGGCUGCCAGCAGGUGUGCCGCAAUGUGCCAGGUUCGUAUGGGUGCGAGUGCUCGCCCGGCUAUGAGCUGCUCCGGCUGGAGGGUAUGCGGGGCUACUGCUUCGACAUUGACGAGUGCGCGAGGGAGACUCACGAGUGCCGUCAGGAAAUGCUUUGCGAGAAUCUCAAUGGUUCCUACACCUGCCUCUGUCCAGCGGGCUAUGCUCUGGGGUUGGACAAUCACCUCAUCGCAUCCGAAUCACCCGAAUCAUCAUCCACAUCAUCGCCUAACGAAUCUUCACCAUCAUCCAAAUCAUCUGAACCCUCACCGUGCCUGGACAUUGACGAGUGCUCGUUGGGCAACGGCAACUGCUCGCACUUCUGCUUGAAUCUGCCGGGCAGAUUCCAGUGCGCCUGUCCCCUGGGGUAUGCUCUCGCAGAGGACGGGCGCACCUGCCAGGACAUCGACGAGUGUCUGCAUAGCAAUGGCCAGUGCACGCAGCUUUGCCUCAACCAGCCAGGCGGCUUUGCCUGCGCUUGCGAGUCCGGGUUCGAGAUCACCCCGGAUGGCUUUGGCUGCUUGGACAUCGACGAGUGCUCGCAGGAGUACGGAAACUGUAGCGACAUCUGCAUUAAUCUUCUAGGUGCCCAUGCCUGCGCCUGCGAGCGUGGUUACGAGCUGUCCGCCGACGGCAAGAGCUGCCAGGACAUAGACGAGUGCGUCGGACUCCUCUCGGGCGGCUGCACCCACGAGUGCAUAAACAAGAAUGGCAGCUUCGAGUGCGGCUGCCCCUUGGGCUACAUCCUUGAGGAGGACAAUCGCAGCUGUCGCCCCGCCCUGGUUGGCUGUCCCCCUGGCAGUCAGCAGACCUCCGAUGGCUGCGAACCCAUCAAAUGCGGGCUGGGCCUCCUGCUCGGUGCCGAUGGCAGCUGUGUGGACGUCGACGAGUGCCAGUUGAACAACGGCGGCUGUUCGCAUCGUUGUGAGAACAGCCAGGGCUCCUUCCAGUGCGCCUGCCCAGCCGGCUACCAGCUGGACAGCGAUCUCAGGACCUGCCAGGAUGUGGACGAGUGUGCGCUGGACAAGGAGAGCUGUGUGGCUGGCAGCUGUGUCAAUGAGCCUGGCGGCUUCCGGUGUGAGUGUGGCCUCGGCAAGAGGCUCUCCAUCGAUGGCAGGACCUGCCUGGAUGUGUCUCAACCACCGAAGGCUUCGCCUAUUCCCGAGCUACCCAAAGCAAUUCCAUUUCCGACGUUUCCCGAGCUACCCAAAGCUCGUCCAGACGAGCGACUGACACCUGCUCUUCCCGUGUCACCCAAAGCGAAUCCAUUUCCCACAUUUCCCCCGCUGAACAAGGCGCCAAAGUAUCCUUCUGCAGCUCCGGAAGCCCCAAGGUUACCUUCUUUUGUGUCAGUAAACACCAGACUUCCGCAGAUCCCCCGGACUCCCUGGGUGAGCUCUUCCCAGCCACAACCACGGGAUGCCUGUCCUCGCUUCCAGGCGCCGGUGAACGGCAAAGCUCGCUGCAAUAAGUAUCGCCACAAGCGCACCCAAUUCUACAACAGCCGCUGCAGGGUCACCUGCAAUCCCGGUUUCACCCUCCAAGGAUCGGAGAUCAGGAGCUGCGGAUCCGCUGGUAUUUGGGAGGGCCAGGAGAACAAGUGUGUGCCUCUUGUUCAGCGUCGUGUGCAGAUAUGUCCUGCCCUGAAACCGGCCGCCAAUGGUUUCAUCUCACCAGCCAGCUGUACGCAGGGUCCUUCCAGAAUUGGGACCAUCUGCCGCCUGCAGUGCAACUCUGGCUUUUUGCCCACUGGCCCUAUGCUGGCCAAUUGCAUGGGCCUUCAGGGCUGGUCCUUCGGAUCCCAACUCAACUGUCAGCCAUUCGGCAUGAGUUUGUUCAACAACAACCAGCUGCCCUGGAUCCGAUCGCAGUCUCUGCAGAAUGUGCCCCCCGUACAGCAGGCAGCACCAAGAGCUCGACCCUACAUCAAGUGUCCUGAGAAUGUGGUCAUCCUGCUGCAUCGCGGGGAGGUCAAGGCUCACGUGACGCUGCAGAGGCCCCAGACGAAUGUGGACUACCGAUAUGUGGCUGUGUCUCCCGCCUGGGCCAAGCAGCUGGAGGCUCACCUUCCUGCUGGUGUCCACAAGAUUGCCUUCCGCGCUCAGCACCCACAGACGAUGCAGAGUGCCGCCUGCCAGACGAUCAUCACCGUCAAGGCGGCGCCAACGACACAGUCGAAUCUGUUCACAUUUUCAUCCGCUCCACUUGCGAGUCACUCAGGGUUCUCCAGAACUGCUGCAUUUCCCACAUUUUCCUCUCGGUCUUCAGCGCCUGCACCCGCACCCGCACCCGCACCGUUUCCCACAUUUUCCAGGUCCUCUCAAUUUGCCAGACUAUCUGCACUUCCUGAACCAUCGACACCAUCUGCCCCCGUGUCCUACGCAAAACUAACGUCAGAGAAUGCUGCUCCUGAGCGUACUGAGAGCUUCCGGGUGACCCUGGGCUCGGAUACAUCCAACUACUGCCCACCCUCGAUCGAGGUUCAUCUGAAGGAGAACCAGAAUCUGCGAUCGGUUGUCUGGGAGGAGCCCCGUUUCGAGGGCAAACUGUUGAAGAUCUUCAAGUCCCAUUUCCCUGGAGCCUUGUUUAGGCUGGGCGAUCAUGCCAUCAAAUACGAGGCAACCACCACCGAUGGUGUGACCCUGAGCUGUAGAUUCCACAUUCAUGUGAAGGCUGCCAAGCCCGCACCUGCACCUGCACAGCCAGAGAUAGCCUUUCCCGAGUCCGAGUCGGCGCCAGCCCAACUUAGGGAGAAGCCAGCCUCCAGCAGCAGUCUGUUCGAUGGCCACGAGUCCUAUGUGGUCUGUCCCGAUAAAGAGCCCGUUCGAGUGACGGCCCACCAAUCCGUCAACCUGCCCGUGGGCUGCACUCUGAAGAACGUGCGCCCGCAAACGAGUCCCCAGACGCAAGUGAAACGCGGCACCCUCACCUCGCUCUGGCAUCGAUUCAACACAAAUUUCUAGAGCCCACUAGCUAGGGUAUAAACUGUCUUCUCAUUGGAGUCGAAAGGCAAUCGAGAAGAGUGGGAGGAACACCAAUGGAGGCGCCAUUUAUGCAAAUACUUUUGUAAAUCUUUUUUA